AUGUUGAACUCAGGAACCUCGCUGCUGACGCUCUCUGCGGCCGUCACUCUUCUGGCUCCCGUCAGCGCUGCAGAGACUGUUCUGGGUGCUUAUAUCUUCUCUCGCCAUGGAGACAGGACGUCCAAGUCCACUCCUCCCACCGUCCUGACGGAUUUGGGCUAUAGUCAAGUCUACAGCUCUGGAUCAUACUACCGAAACCGAUACAUCUCCUCCUCGUCUUCGUCUCAGGUGCUGGGAAUUAGCCCGGACAUCAUCGCUCCAGGAGAGGUUACUGUUUCUGCUCCCCAGGACGAGGUUCUCCAGAAAUCAGCCCUUGCUUUCUUCCAGGGACUCUACCCGCCAGCCGGCAAGGAAGCAAAGACGACUCUCCGAAAUGGUACCGUCGUCCAAGCUCCAAUGGACGGAUACCAGUUGAUUGCCAUCGAUCAGGUGCAGUCUGGAUCUAACAGUGAAAAUGUGGCCUGGCUACAGAGUGCCAGCUCCUGUCAGAAUGCCAAACUCAGCAGCAACAACUAUUUCUUAUCGAAUGAGUAUAAGGAGCUACUUAAGUCAACUGAUAGCUUCUACAAGUCCCUCACUCCGAUGCUGGACCGUACCUUUGCAUCGGACAAGAUCAAUUACAAGAAUGCUUAUACCAUCUUCGACCUUCUGAACGUUGCUUCCAUCCACAAUUCAUCAGACUCUUUCCCAUCAUCUGAGCUCUUGACUGAUGCUACCUACUCCCGUCUCCAAUCUCUCGCCAACGUUCAUGAGUUCAGCCUGGCAUAUAACGCCUCGGACUCUAUCCGUGCUGUCAGCGGAUCCCUGCUGGCCGGUGAAGUGCUCAACUCUUUCAUGGACACCAUCAAAUCCCACAAGACAAAGCCAAAAGUAAACGUUCAGUUCGGCGCAUACGCCUCUUUCAUGGCCUUUUUCGGUCUCGCUAAACUCCCCGCCGCCAACAACAACUUCAAUGGCAUUCCCGACUAUGCCUCCACCAUGGCCUUCGAGCUCGUCACCAAUGCCACCACUUCCUCCGACUCCUUCCCGGCCGAAUCCGACAUUAGCGUGCGCUUCCUUUUCCACAAUGGAACCACCAUCCCCGGCUCAGCUGACACAGAGCCAGCCGUUUACCCUCUUUUCGGCCAGGAAAAGACUCUCCUGCCAUGGUCAGAGUUUGUCUCACACAUGAAGGAGAUCGCUAUCACGUCGCAGGACGAAUGGUGUAAGGCUUGCGGUAGCGCCAGCAAGGAUGCCCCGAUGCCCCUAGCAAUGGACCAUCCAACCCAUCCACUUCGGUCAAGAGCGACAACGGCAUCUCCAACCCUGUGGCUGGUGUCAUUGGUGCAUUGGUAA